AUGGGAAAGGAAAAGGUCCAUAUUAACAUCGUCGUCAUCGGACACGUCGACUCCGGAAAGUCCACCACCACCGGACAUCUCAUCUACAAAUGCGGAGGUAUCGACAAGCGUACCAUCGAGAAGUUCGAGAAGGAAGCCCAGGAGGUAAAGUACAUAUCAUUAAGGCUAUUUUCGCAAUAUUUCCUUUCAGAUGGGUAAGGGAUCUUUCAAGUACGCCUGGGUUCUCGACAAGCUGAAGGCUGAGCGCGAACGUGGUAUUACCAUCGAUAUCGCUCUCUGGAAGUUCGAGACCGCCAAGUACUACAUCACCAUCAUCGAUGCCCCCGGACAUCGUGAUUUCAUCAAGAACAUGAUCACUGGUUCGUUAAUUAAUUUUUGUUGUUUUAUCCAAAUUUUAAUUAUGUUUUUCAGGUACUUCUCAGGCUGAUUGUGCCGUCCUUGUCGUUGCUUGCGGUACUGGUGAGUUCGAGGCUGGUAUCUCCAAGAACGGUCAGACCCGCGAGCACGCUCUGCUCGCCCAGACCCUUGGUGUCAAGCAGCUCAUCGUUGCUUGCAACAAGAUGGACUCCACCGAGCCGCCAUUCUCUGAGUCUCGCUACAACGAAAUCGUCGCUGAGGUCUCUGGAUUCAUCAAGAAGAUCGGAUACAACCCCAAGGCCGUCGCCUUCGUCCCAAUCUCUGGAUUCAACGGAGACAACAUGCUCGAGGCUUCCGACAACAUGCCGUGGUUCAAGGGAUGGGCCGUUGAGCGCAAGGAAGGAAACGCUAGCGGAAAGACCCUCCUUGAGGCCCUUGACGCUAUCAUUCCUCCUCAGCGACCCACCGACAGGCCGCUCCGUCUUCCUCUCCAGGACGUGUACAAGAUCGGUGGUAUCGGAACCGUCCCAGUCGGACGUGUCGAGACCGGAAUCAUCAAGCCAGGAAUGGUCGUCACUUUCGCUCCUCAGAACGUCACCACUGAGGUCAAGUCCGUCGAAAUGCACCACGAAUCCCUGCCGGAAGCUGUCCCCGGAGACAACGUUGGUUUCAACGUCAAGAACGUUUCCGUCAAGGACAUCCGUCGUGGCUCAGUUUGCUCUGACUCCAAGCAAGAUCCCGCCAAGGAGGCUCGCACCUUCAACGCUCAGGUAAAAUGAUGGGUUUUUCCAUUUCUUAUCCUCUCAUUCAGGUCAUCAUCAUGAACCACCCUGGACAGAUCGCCGCUGGCUACACUCCAGUCCUCGAUUGCCACACCGCCCACAUUGCCUGCAAGUUUGCUGAACUGAAGGAGAAGGUGUGUGCAAAGAAGUUUUUGGAUUUUUAUUUUGCUGGUUAUAGGUCGACCGACGAACGGGUAAGAAGGUCGAAGACAACCCGAAGUUCCUCAAGUCUGGUGAUGCUGGAAUCGUCGAACUCGUCCCCACCAAGCCCCUCUGCGUUGAAUCCUUCACCGACUACGCUCCCCUUGGCCGAUUUGCCGUCCGUGACAUGAGACAAACCGUCGCUGUCGGUGUCAUCAAGUCAGUCGACAAGUCUGAUGGAUCCGGCGGAAAGGUCACCAAGGCCGCCCAGAAGGCUGGAGCCCCUGCUGGCAAGAAGAAGUAA